AUGUCUUCGCCGUAUGACAGUGCGGCGGUCGAUCGUCGUAAAUGGACGCCGGAGGAAGACGCUCUUCUAACGAUGGCCAUGAACAACUUGCAGGAUGUCAACGAGACCCGUUGGACCGAAGUCGCUGCCAGCGUGCCAGGGCGGUCUGCCAAAGCAUGUCGAAAGCGUUGGGUAAAUGGCCUCAAUGAGCGUCUUAAGAAAGGAACAUGGACAGCUGAAGAAGAUAAUCGUCUUCGUGAAGCCAUUAUGCAUCUGGACAGUGACUGGGCUAGGAUUGCAGAGUUUGUUGGCAAUCGUUCUGGUGAUCAAUGCAGCAAGCGAUGGCGCGAAGUCCUAGACCCAACAAUCAACAAAGCUCCUUGGACAGCAGAAGAGGACCGGCUACUGGUAGAGUUUUAUCAUAAACAUGGGUCUUGCUGGCAGAUUAUUUCAACAUAUCUCAAUAAUCGUCGUGCUUUGCAAUGCCGGAAUCGAUGUUGCAAGCUAUUGGGGCUGCAUGCUCAUCCUAGAAAGAAAGGAACUAGCGGCAAUAAACAAAGCCCCUCUGCUCGUUCAUUUUCCGCGUCUCCCAAUAUGAUCCCGACACAAAAUUCAGUAACAGUUUCAUCCAGUCUCAAUGUCAUGGAUAUCAAAGACACGCGGAAGCUGGAAAGCGAUGACCUAUUCGAGCUAAACAGUCAUGUCCCAUCGACAAUUUCUAAUAUGAAUGCCACAGCUUGUGCAUCCAAAGGCAUAAAUAUGCUUGAUAUUAAUGGUCAAACGGAUCCAUGUACGCCUGGUAUUAGCGUCAAUGGCGAUAUCCACAACAAUGAUGACCAUGUAACAAUAACUUACAACGAUGUACAUACAAUGGGUUUUCUCGAUGCUUGGAGCAAGGUUCAAGGUUAUAGCUCUGCUGAACGCAAAGGUUUACCAGCUGCGCUCAAUCUGAGUGAGAACACCACCUUCUACCCGCAAACCACAUCGCCAACGGACUCCAUAUAUUCAUACCUUGACUCGACCGCCUCGUUACCAUCAAGUACAUUGACAACUCCCGGCGCAACAAGUCUUGAUGGAUUCUUAUUAGACUCAGACUUUGGCCUUCACUCGAUGGCUCAGCAUACGAUGCCUGAAUCUAAUGCGAAAGGCACCCUCAACAAUAGAUGGCUACAUGACCCAUUCGUGCCUUUGUCGGGGAUUGGUUUUCACAAUGAUUGA